CACAAAAAGUUGGUACAAGCAAAUAUUGACACAAAUUUGAAAGGUGUGGUAGAAAAUGGGAGGUGUGAAGCUGUUUGCAACAAAAGAAAGCCUUUUCAGUUCUAGGAUUCAGUGGGCAUUGAAGCUCAAGGGUGUGGAGUAUGAGUUCAUAUUAGAAGAUUUGGCAAACAAGAGUCCUCUUCUCCUCAAGUACAACCCCAUCUACAAGAAGGUGCCGGUGCUUGUGCACGGUGACAACGUCGUUGUCGAGUCACUUGUGAUCCUCGAGUACAUCGAGGAGACAUGGAAGGAGCACCCGUUGCUGCCUCGGGACUCAUAUGACCGAGCCACAGCUCGAUUUUGGGCCAAGUUCAACGAUGAAAAGCUUGUGCCUCCAGUGUGGACAGCUUGCACGGGAGAAGGCGAAGCGCAGGAGAAGGCGAAAGAGUCUGCGUUAGAAUCACUAGCACUUCUUGAGAAGCAGAUCGAAGGGAAGAAGUUUUUCGGCGGAGAACAAAUAGGGUAUCUAGAUUUAGUAUUGGGGUGGAUAUCUUACUGGAUAAGUGGUGUGGAAGAAGCUGGAGGCAACAAGGUACUUGAAGCAGAGAUGUUUCCAUCUCUCCACCAAUGGGGUCAGAACUUCAUCCACAAUCCACUCAUUGAAGAAUGCAUUCCGGCUAGAGAGGCGUUUGUCGCCUACGUCCAAUAUGCCAUCAAUUACAUUCGUUCCAUAUCCGCCAACAAACCACAAUGACGUGCUCAAUCUCUUCACCUCCGGAUCUGAUUACUGUUAUGAGUCUUCCUCUUGUCUAUGUAUUCUGCUACAAUAAAUGAAACAACGAAGAGAGAAGCAUUUCAGUUAA